AUGUCUGGCGAGCACUCCUUCAUGGCCAAUUCAGUGCCUGCAGCACCGCAACCGCUGGCUGCGCAACCUAGCAGUGCAACCUCUACAUGCUCACAACCAGCCAGGCCGUCCGCGACCUCGCAGUCAGUUCCCCCUGGACACCCCUCGUUUAGACGUCAGCGCGCCAGCAGAGCAUGCGAAACAUGUCAUGCGAGGAAAGUCCGCUGCGACGCCGCAUCGCUAGGCAUACCAUGCACCAAUUGUACUGCCUUCUCCAUCGAGUGCCGCAUCCCGCAGCCCAAGCGCAAGAAGACGCAGACAACUAGGACUAAAACCGAGGAUAGCGACCGAGGAGACAGCGAUGACCGUUCCCCAGCGAGCACAUCCGCCGAACCGCGCGACAGGACGACGGUGUAUAACUCGGAGGAUGGCACGCCCUCGACCACCCUGUCCAGUGCCUAUGCCGCCCAUCAGGCUACUCAUAACAGCACCUAUGUGCAGUUUAUGAAGCCCAAGUUUGCCAGGGCCCCUAUCAAGGAAGCUGGACGCGUUGCUUACCUCGGAGAGUCUUCCAACUUGUCACUCCUCGUUCACGACCACUACGGGACGACCGACGUAGUUCACUACCCGCUGCCUGAAAACGUACGAGGCGCCAAGGCCAGGGUGAAUGAGAUGGACAACAUGGAGAUCGAGAUAUUGCACCAACGCGGCGCCUUCCUGCUCCCCCCUCGAGCAUUGUGUGACGAGUUGGUAGAGGCAUUCUUCAAAUGGGUGGCCCCGGUCGUUCCCGUAAUCAAUCGCAGCCGCUUCAUGCGCCAGUACCGGGACCCAAAGAACCCUCCAUCGCUCCUUCUCUUACAGGCUGUGCUCCUGGCCGGUUCACGAGUGUGCACCAACGCCCAGUUGAUGGAUUCCAGUGGAUCAACAACACCCGCUGCUAUGACCUUUUACAAGCGCGCAAAAGCUUUGUACGAUGCAAACUUCGAAGACGAUCGCGUGACCAUCGUCCAGGCUCUCAUCUUAAUGGGAUGGUACUGGGAAGGACCAGAAGAUGUCACUAAGAACGUAUUCUACUGGACAAGAGUUGCCAUUGUUGUAGCACAAGGAUCCGGCAUGCACCGGAGUGUCGAGGGAUCACAGCUGAGCCGAUCAGAUAAGCGCUUAUGGAAGCGAAUCUGGUGGACCCUAUACAGUCGAGACCGUUCAGUAGCAGUUGCGCUUGGCAGACCCGUCGCUAUCGACCCCGAGGACUCUGAUGUUGAGAUGGUCUCCGAAGAUGACUUCAUCGAUGAUGAGUCCGACCUCGCAGCGGAACACCCACCGGAUCCAGUACAUGUACAGUUCUUCAUCAACUAUGUCAAAUUGAGCGAAAUCAUGGGGUUAGUAUUAUCGCAGCAGUACUCUGUGGCCUCGAAACAUCGCAGAGGCAAUGCUAUAGACCUUACCCAUAGCGAUAUGGCGCUUGCAGAUUGGCUGCAACAUUGUCCGCCAGAGGUGCAGUGGGAUCGAACACACCAUCACUUCUGGGCGGCUUUGUUGCAUGCAAACUAUUACACCACGCUAUGUCUCUUGCAUCGUGCGCAUAUGCCCCCGGCAGGGUCGCCAAAAGCCACCAACCUCGAUGGUUUCGGAGAAGAGCACGCCUACCCAUCAAGGAACAUUGCGUACCAGGCCGCCGCCAUGAUAACCUCCAUCAUCGAAAACCUAAGAGCGCAUGACGAGAUCCGGUACACCCCGGCGUUCAUCGUGUACAGCUUGUUUUCCGCCCUCAUUAUGCACGUCUACCAGAUGAAAUCUACCAACAAAUCAGUCGUGUCAGCAACAGAGCAGCGAUUACAAAUCUGCCUGGACGCACUGAAAGAGGUAUCCAAAGUUUGGCUUGUCGCAAAGAUGGUCCAUACGCUGUUCGAGUCCAUCCUUGGGAAUAAGCAUCUCGAGGAGCGCCUGCAAAAAGCGGCGGGCAGGAAUCACAAGAAGAAUAAAGUAGCUACAGGUCCACCGCCUCCACCCAGACCAACCCAAGAAGCCACAAAGCGUAAAUUCGAUGACAUGGAUCUGGCUUUCCCUGCCACUACCACAAAUGGUCCACCCGCGCCCCAGGUAUCUUACGAGCGAUCUAGGCCACAAACCCCAGCAGUUACGCCUUCACGUGAAUUACCGCCCCAGCAGCAGAUGCCUCAGAUGACGACCGGAUCACCACAGAUGAGCCGGCAGAACCACGAUGCCUUCAUGGGUCCUUCAAGAUCAGGGACGCGCCCAACGACACCCUUCAAUCCGUCCUAUUCAUAUCCUGGGACACCGCCAGAUCUGUUCUUGGUCACUCGUGACACGCCCAACAUCAGUCAAGAAGUCUGGCAAAACUUCCAACCCGACCUAUUAUUUCCCGCUGACACGCAAGUCAACUUCCCGCAGAUAUCGCCGAUGCAGAGCCAUAGUCUUGUGGACCCAGCGUUAAGCCAACCACCAAAUAUUCCAAUGCACCAGCAGGCACCACAGCAAAUACCCAGAGGUCAACAACAGAUGCAGACUCCGCAAACCACUCUGGGUAUCCCUCCUGGUGUCGACCACAACAAUCCGCAAGCAUGGGCGCAGCAGAUGGAGAUGAUGUCGCAGAACCAGCAACAGCACGGUGCCCAGGACGACACCUGGAGUAAUAGCUCAGGUAGUAGGCAUAACCCUAUCGUGCCGAUGAGUUUGAACGUGGACGACUGGUUCAACUUCUUUGGUAUCAACGGCGAGACCGACAUGACACAUCUCUUCCAGCAUGGCCCGACAUAGUCGUCUCUUGGGUUCGGUUUCUACGCUCGACCAUCGUCGGUCCUCAAGCAUGUACGACUUAUUUUGCGAUUUUUUAGCGUCAUUUGCGAGGUGGAAGCAUGGUAUUGGCGUUCUAAGUGCGAAUUGUGACUUGUGCGGAGCAUGAUCACCCCCCAAAACGGCUGCGAGUAUCGGAUAUGGGUAACAUAUCAUCACAGUGGUAUCUGGUCGUUUGAUUAUGCCGUGAAGGCUGGGAACAAAAGUUCGGCCAUUUCAUUUUUUUCCCUUCCUUAAAUGGCUGUUAGUUGUACGACACCACGUAAUUCGACGUAUUUGCUGUUAUUGACAGUCUCUGUCGUUGGCAUGGCUGGAGAACAAGUUUCGUGUGCUCAUGGCUUAAUUGCUCGACGUUUCAUGGCAACAAGGUAGUCGAGAGCUUAAUAGCAAGUUGCUACCAGGAAGAUCUUGGUUGACACCCUG